AUGCAAAGAAAAGUUUCAUCAGUUCAAUUCGGUCAGCUUUACGAACAAAAGAGAAUUCAGGAGAGAAACAUUUAGAUUGCCAAGAGCAUUCUGGAUAGUAUUGAUUAACUAGAAACUGAGCCAGAUGCAGUCAAGAGAUGGGGAUGGGAACUUAUCCAAAAUGCUUAAGAUGCAUCUGAUUCAUAAAAGCCAGUGAAAAUUAGGAUAAUCUUAGAAGAAGAUAAACUUAGAUUUAUGCAUAAUGGUAGACCAUUCAGUCUCAAAGAUAUUAUGAACCUUGUUGAAAAGGGCUCAGAUAAAGAAAGACCUCAAUAUUAUAGUGAAACUCAAACAAACGAAGAUGACUUUGACUCUUUCACUCAGCUAAACUCAAGUAGAUUUUUGCAAUAGACUGAUAAUGUUAAGAUCUUAAGCCUUGAUGAUAUGGUUAUUCCCGAGACUACUGGAAGGUUUGGCACAGGCUUUCUUACUACAUAUUUACUUUCAAAAAGAGUUUCAGUAGAUGGUGUCUUUCAUCAUACUGAUGAAGACCAAUCUUUCUACAAGAGAUUUUAACUAAUACUCAACAGAGACACAAAAGAUGUCGAAAAGAUGUUAUUUUAUAAUCAAAAAUCUUCGGAAGUGUUCAAGAAUUUAGACGAUGAUGAAAAAUGGCCAUUCAUAGAAAACUAUGAAUCUGGAAUUAAUUAUGAUACAUGCUUUACAUAUUAUCUAUCAGAACAAGGGAUCAGAAAUGCUCACUAAGGACUUAAAAAUUUACUAGUUUCGAUCCCAUAUGUCAUGGGUUUUAGCAAAAAAAUUGAAUCAAUUGAGAUAUUUGAUAAAAUCGAGUAAUAGAAUUAGCAAUAUACUUUCAGAAUUGAUAGGAAUCCAAUUUUAGCUUAUGGAGAUAUAUAGGUACUCAAAUACUUCCUUAAUGAAGAAGAAAAGCUAUUAAUAUAUGCUUUCAAUAAGUACUCUUAAUUAGCUUGCUUAAUUUAGCAGAGACUAGAUAAUAUCUAUGAAAUAUGUGAGAAGGAUGAUGAUGUGCCUAACUUCUUUGUUGAUUAUCCUUUGAUUGGAUCUCAAUCUCUCAAAUUUUCAGUAGUUUUCAACUCUCAUUUAUUCUAUCCAAAUGAGAAAAGAUCUGGCAUUUGUCUUGACGAAAAACUAGGAUUUAAGGCAUUGUUGAAUAGUCUAGUAAUGCAAAAGCUAUCUGUGUUAUUUGAAAAUUUCUUAGACUUUGUUAUCAAUCAAGGAUUUGCAAACAUUCAUCAUUUAAGACUUUCUUCAAAGCAUUUAGCUGGUAAUCAGAAGGCUUUUCUUAACAAACUCCUAAUCACUCCUAUAAUAUCAAAAUUCGUUCAAACUUCAAUAAUUGAGUGCAAAGGUGGAUUAGCUCCUCUGAAAUCAAUAAUGAUUCCAGACAUAGGAAAUAAAGAACUUUAGGAAAGUAAUUAGUAGAUAUCAGAAUUCAAACUAUAUGUUGAUCAAAAUAGUUAACUCAAAAGAUUGAAAGAUUUGAAAAUUGACGAUGGAAUUGAUGAAUUUUAUAAGAAGAUAUGCUAAUAGUAUGGUUAUGAUUUAAGACCAAAGUUAUUUUAGAAUAAUUAUAUCCCUCUAAAUUAUCAGAAUGUACCUAGAAUGAGUGUUGAAUAGCUUGAUGAUGAUCUAACAGCAUCUCUCAAUAGAGUGUUAGAUAAUCUCAAGAAAACAAAUAUUACCAUUUCGAAAUGUAAUGUGAAAACCAUGACUGAAAAACUUUGGAAACUAUGUGCUAGAAUAAAUGUUCAUUUCCUAAGAAAAUAGAUUAAAUCAUUAGAGACUCUGUGUGAAUUAGAGCAGAAAUUAGGGCUACAGUGUUCUGCCUUAGAAUUUUUGAAGCAAUUUUAUUUAGUAAUUUAAGAUUAUUAAAAGCUCUACUCAGCUAAAUCUUCCAUUACAAGAAGUGUUAUGUUUAACAAUAAAGAUGAGAAUUUGAGAAAGUAUUCCUCUGAAAAAAUUUACUCUUACCAAAUUUAAAAUGACUAAAAUGUUGCUAAUGCCUAGAAUAUGAAUUCACUUUUCAAUAUGUAUCUUGAAAUAAAGGGAACUGCAAAGGAUUUUUUUUUCUAGAGAACUUUGCAUACUUCAUUAACUGAGGAUUAUGUUAUCAAACAUAUUAGCAAUCAUGAGAAUUUCACGGCCAUAAAAAUGUGUUCAGAGUUUGAUCAAAUAAUAGUCAAAUAAUGUGAAAAUAUUGACUACGUCAAAUCUCAUGAAUCUUUUAUCAAUAGAUUCGAUAAGCUCUAUCAGACUACAUUUAAAGAAAAGAAUUUGUUUUGUGCUAAGAAUUUAGAUUACUACUUUCCUUAGUAUCAAAGAGAGAGAAAGAAUAUAUUGGUUAAACUGAGAUAGAAUGGAGAGAUGACUAAUCUUUUGUAUGAGAUCUAUCAAAAUGAGCAGGAGGAAUUAAUGAGAUUACUUACCAAAGUCAAGAAUAGUAACUUUGAGAUUCUUGAAGAGAUAAUGAAAUUCAUGGGGUAAAAGGAUGAUAUUACUUCAAAGAUAUUAGAUGUGAUGAGAAAUGAAUAAUUUCAAAGAAUUAAUGACUAAGAACUCAAAGAGUUAAUUAAAUAUAUUUAACAGAUUGUUGGCCAGAAGCAGCCACAAUCUCAAGUCAAAUCUGAAGAAUCUUCUUUAUGA